GUAUCAAAAUUAAAAUGUAAAUGUCUUCACUUAUUAUAUUACCGUUAUUAAAUAUUAUAAAAUAAAAACAAAGAGUAUAUUUGUUUUUUUAUUAUACUCGAAAGAUUAUUUGCACAUCGCUUAUUAAUUGUUAUGGCUUUGUGUGUGGCUGUUGUUAGCAAAGAGAAUGCUCCUAAAUAUGUGGCUUCAUUACAUCCUGAAGAUGAACUACAAAUACAGUAUGAAAUACAUUCAUCAAUAGACUUUGUUGAAGAAAAGUUAAAAACUGGUAAAAAAGAUAUGCGAGAGUUGUACUUAGGAUUGUUGUAUUCUACUGAAGACCACAAAAUAUAUGGAUAUGUAACAAACACAAAAGUGAAAUUUUUUGUUGUUAUAGAUGCUAGUAACUUGACACUAAGAGAUAAUGAAAUUCGAUUUAUGUUUAGGAAAUUGCAUACUGCGUAUACAGAUCUAAUGUGUAACCCUUUUUACAUACCUGGAGAAUAUAUUACCUCUGAGAAUUUUGAUAAGAUUGCUAGAGGCAUAUUAAUUGGUAAAUCAUAGUUAAGAAAAUAUUAAAGGUAUAGUUUAUUUGUAAGUAUUAGAUAUGGAAUUGUGAACAAAUAUUAUUUUUAUUUUAUAAUUAAAAAAUUGUUUAAAUGUUUUGCAGAAAAUUACUUUUAAAUGGUGUAAAAUAUAUAAACUGUGAUUAAACAUUUUGUUACGAAAAUAAAUUAUUUUGUUUUAAAGU